UGUUUGUCGGCGCAGGGCUCUGAUGAAUACGCCUUAUAUUGACUUAAUAAAGUAUUGCUGACAAAUCUGUUCAUAAAUAUAUUUUGUUUUAUUUUGAAAUAUUUCUUUUAAAUGUUAAUAAUUUAAAAAGUGCAAUAAGUAAAAGAUAAGAAAAGUGAAACACAAUUGUAAAAAUUUGUGGGAUGUAUUUGAAAAUUGAUUGUAUUUAAUAAUAAGUGAUGUUUGUAAAUUGCUGAAAAUUGAUUGGGCUGCACAGCAACAUAAACCAGUCGCAAAGAACAAGUGACAAAGAAUAAAAAUAAAGACUAGAACUUCUGAACGCACACAAACGCACACAAACAUUCAUACAACAAAGUACGCACGCAUCGAACAACCGACACAAGAAAAUUUCAACAACAACAUAGCAAAUCAAGUGGCACAGUGGGUCGAAUAAUUUGUAGCAUUUAUAACCAAGAGGAAAAACAAAAGUAAAAACGAACCCGCAUCUUAAGAAGAGAAAAUGACGGAAUAUAAACUUGUUGUUGUCGGUGCUGGUGGUGUUGGAAAAUCUGCUUUAACAAUUCAGUUAAUACAAAAUCAUUUUGUCGAUGAAUAUGAUCCAACAAUUGAGGACUCUUAUCGCAAACAAGUGGUGAUAGACGGAGAAACAUGUUUGUUGGAUAUAUUGGACACAGCCGGACAAGAGGAAUAUUCAGCUAUGCGUGAUCAGUACAUGCGUACCGGUGAAGGUUUUUUGUUAGUUUUUGCAGUUAACAGUGCAAAAUCUUUUGAAGAUAUUGGCACAUAUCGUGAACAAAUAAAACGCGUUAAGGAUGCUGAAGAGGUUCCAAUGGUUUUAGUGGGCAACAAAUGUGAUUUACAAGCGUGGGCUGUAAAUAUGAAUCAAGCUAGAGAAAUAGCCAAACAGUACGGUAUACCCUUCGUAGAGACAUCAGCGAAAACGCGUAUGGGUGUAGAUGACGCCUUCUACACUUUGGUUCGUGAAAUCCGCAAAGAUAAAGAACACAGGGGGAAAAAGGGCCGCAAAACAUAUAAACACACAAAUCGCAAAUUCAAAUGUGAGCUUCUUUAAAUCGAAUUCCUUCAACUAUAAGGUGGUAGCACAUUAUCGUACAUUGAACGAGAGACUACAUAAAUAGAUAAGAAUCGCGCAAACAAAUGCACAUUAACUAACUAAGCAAAUGCUUCUGUGCAUUAGUUAUAAAACAUCUGAUGUCAGUGCUAAUUAUGAUUUCAAUAAAAUAAUUUUAUUUAACAUUUUUUAAGAACUUUGAUAAUACAAAAUAAAAAAUGUGUAAACUAUUGCACAAUCAUUAAAUUCAUAUUAAAUUAAUUAACAGAAAAGAAAAAUCCUAAACGUCAACAAACAACAUAACAACACUCGUAUAAGUAUUCUAUUUUUCGCUCACGCACAAAGUAAAACAAAAUAAAAAAUAUUUUCAUAUUAAAAAGAGAGAAAAACAAAUAAUGAGGUUUACAUAUUAAAAUUAUUAUUUCAUAAUUUAGUUCGGUGCUAAAUGUUUUAAAAUAAAUUUUAUACGUUUUCAUAACAUAUUUUAUAUAUAAUUUUUAAUAACAGAAAUAUUUUAUAAUUUUCUUAUGCUGCGACGCUAAAUUUAAUCUUCUUUGCCAUAUUUUAUAAUUUUAAAAAUUAUAUUCAUUGUGAAUUUAAUGUGUUUGUUUUUUAUUGCUGCUCUUUUUUGUAAAGUCGAGUUAUAUUUCAUUGAACUAAUUAUAUUUCCUAGACUUAGGUCUGUAUUCUGCCACCAUUGGGUUGAUUUUUUUAUAUACAUACAUUUAACAUAAUUUUAUUAUUAAUUUGUGUCUUAAUUUUAUAAUUAUUAUUAUUAUUUUUUAAUAAAUGUACACGUAUUAACA